UCCCACGCAGCGCCCGCGGUGCCGCCGCGCUCUCUCCUCCGCCCCGCCGAGCCUAGGGGACGAUGAGUGCUGCAGAGUUGCAUUUGCCUAGCCAGAAGCGCCGCGGCGCUCGGCCAGGAGCCCCCCUGAGAAGUAGUCACUCGCUCCGCGCCGAGAGAAGGGAGCCGCGGCAGCGGAAGAAGCAGCGCACAGAAGCUGGGGCUGAGCAGGGGCGCUUCGGUCGCCUGUAGCGGCGCGCUCUGGAGCUCCAGAGACGGAAAUAUCGCGCCGCUUCUCGGUCACGCAAGACGAGGCGGCAUCGAGCGGAACGCGCCGCGGGGGGCUCGGGCGCCUCCGAUUCCGAGUCGGGACAACAGCAGGACUCCACAUGAGCUCAAAGGACCCAGGAAGAAACUUAGAUCACCUUUGACAAAGCCACUCGUGUAUCUCUAGAGAAGGCUGCCUCCUACUUUAAGAGUCACUGUCAUACCGAAGGCUGUGCAAGUCUUGAGUGCAACUGUUAUCCUUGGCUUCUUUCUUACCCCUGAGGAUGAAUCAGCAGGAUGGAGGGCAGAACAAUCUGGCCCAUUCCUUCUUUGAAACUUUUCUCCGUGCCAAGCAGAACAAAGAGGUUCUGGACAGCUUUGGGGUUCUGUGCAAACAUCUGGGCCUGGAGCAUACAGGGCAACUCCAGUUCUACCACAAGCUCAAGUCUUGCCUCAACUACUGGAAUGCCAAGGCCCUGUGGGUCAAGCUAGACAAGAAAGCCAGUCACAGAGAUUAUGAUCAGGGGAUGGCGUGUGCCAGCACCAAGUGCCUGAUAAUUGGGGCCGGCCCCUGUGGUCUCCGCUCAGCUAUUGAGUUGGCCUUCCUUGGAGCCCAUGUGGUGGUAGUAGAGAAGAGAGAUGCCUUUUCCCGGAACAAUGUGCUACACCUCUGGCCUUUCACCAUCCAUGACUUGCGAGCGCUGGGGGCCAAGAAAUUCUAUGGGCACUUCUGCACGGGCUCCUUGGAUCACAUCAGUAUCCGUCAACUGCAGCUGAUCUUGCUGAAAGUAGCCUUAAUCUUGGGAGUUCAGAUUCAUAACAACGUGCAUUUUAAGGGACUAAUUCCACCGGCAGCAAAGUCAGAUGGACAGGUUGGUGGCUGGAGGGCUUUGCUGCAUCCCUGCUCCUCUCCCCUGAGCCAGUAUGAAUUCGAUGUCCUCAUCUCUGCAGGUGGAGGCAGGUUUGUGCCAGAAGGUUUUAAGCGGAAAGAGACCCGUGGGAAACUUGCUAUUGGCAUCACUACCAAUUUUGUUAAUCAUCACAGCAGGGCUGAGGUGGAGGUGGCUGAGAUCAGUGGAGUGGCUCGUAUCUACAACCAGCAGUUCUUCCAAAACCUCUAUAACAAAACAGGUAUUGACUUGGAAAACAUUGUCUAUUAUAAAGAUGACACUCACUACUUCGUCAUGACAGCCAAGAAGCAGAGCCUGCUAAAGAAAGGAGUCAUCUUAAAAGACAAGCUGGACGUGGAGAGCCUGCUGUCUCCAGAGAACGUGAACCAGGAAGCUCUUCUAGCGUAUGCCCAGGAAGCUGCCAGUUUUUCUACCAAUUACCAGCUGCCCAACUUAGAGUUUGCUCUGAACCAUCACAGCAAGCCAGAUGUUGACAUGUUUGACUUCACCUGCAUGAACCGCUCUGAGAACGCAGCACUAGUGCGAGACUGCCGUGGGACCAAGCUGCUCAUUGGGCUGGUGGGGGACUGCCUGGUGGAGCCGUUCUGGCCAUUGGGUACCGGUGUAGGCAGAGGGUUCCUGGCAGCCUUUGAUGCUGCCUGGAUGGUAAAGAGAUGGGCUUCGGGGACACCCCCUCUGGACGUACUGGCUGAGAGAGAAAGCGUGUAUCAGCGGCUGUCACAGACUUCUCCAGACAACACCAACAAGAACAUCAGCCAGUACAGCAUUGAUCCCACCACACGAUACCCAAACAUCAACCUUCAAGCUAUCAAAGCUUCUCAGGUUCGCCACCUGUAUGCAACAGGAGCAAUUGAAGUGGACCACAAGAAGAGGAGCAGUUGGGUUAGCCCAGAGGCAAUCUGCACAGACUCUAACAGAGCCUAUGAAGAACUCCUUAGUUGGUGUCAAACUAACACAGCAAGUUACCCUGACAUUAAGGUGGUGGACUUCACACACUCCUGGAAGAGUGGCCUGGCCCUCUGUGCCCUCAUUCAUCACUUUCGACCUGAUCUUCUAGACUUCAACUUGCUGAACCAGAAUGAUCCUAUUGGGAACAACCAGAUGGCUCUAGAUGUGGCAGAGCAAGAGCUAGGAAUCCCUCCAGUCCUCUCCAGUAGCGAAAUGGCUUCAAUGUCUGAGCCUGACAGACUUGGUUUGAUCACUUACCUGAGCCAGUUUUAUGAUGCCUUCAAGACCUCUCCAGAACUGGAAGAGAAAGCUGCAAAGCCUCUGUCACCACGUGGCACCAGGGGAGCCAUCCUCUUCCUCAGCAAGAUCCAGAAAAGUCUGUCUCUCUCACGUAAACGAAACCUGGAAAGCAAUAUGCUGGAGUCAGAAACCAAGAGGACGAAGCAAGAGGCUGGGAGUCCCCCCCCCUCUCCUGGGCGAAGCAGUGAUGCCUGCUACAUCUGUGGAGAACAUGUGUAUAUCCUAGAGCGAUUCAGUGCUGAGGGGCGUUUCUUCCAUCGUGGCUGUUUCAAGUGCCACCACUGUAAGACAACACUGCGGCUGGGGGACUAUGUCUUCAACGAGGAUGAUGGUAAUUUCUACUGCAUGCUGCACAGUGCUGUCCCCACAAAUAUGGCUGUAUCUGACAGGAGAGUUGCUUUGAAAGCAGCAUGUAAGGAUUCCACUCAGUACUACAUUCCUUCAGACAAAGGCAUUAUGGACUUGGCUGCUGAAAAGACCAAAACAGAAACCGACACACGAAUCCUGGAUGAGAACCUCUCUUCCUUCACGGAUCAUCUGCCAGCACAGCACCCUGCAGAACUUAAAAUAUUACCUCAGGAAGAUGCCAACCUAUUCCCAUCCAGAGACAAUGGAGGUGCCAAUACCAUAAACUUAUCACAGUUUCCACCUCACCUGCACUUUGUUGUGAGGGAUGAUGAACUGGAAAGUCCUGUUUCUGAGGCCCACUUAAUUCCACAGCUUGUGGAGAAAGAAACACAGGAGGGUAAGGCCCAUCAUAAGAAAACUAAACAUGGCCUAAUAAACUGGACUUAUAGCCUAUCCCAAGAAGAGGCACUUGAGAGCCUAGACAGAGGAAUGCAAGGAGCUGGAGUAGAGCCUGCAGAUCCCAGAGAAGUGACCAAACAAGAAAAUGAGGAAAGUGAAGAUACCCAGUGGAGAAGGAAGAUUCGCUUGUCAUCCCAGGAAAAGCUUGAAUUGUCCAGACUGAGUCCAAUUUCAGCCUCGUUUAAUUUUCCAGAUAUGAACCAGGCUUGCAUAGAGGACUCCAGCUUCAGCAAGGACUCAGAUUCUCUGGAAAUUGAAAGUGACAGUGAAGAGGAACAAGUGGAUGAUGAAGAGGAGGAGACCCAAGAUCUUUUUGCAAAUAUGUGUCCCUUGAGUGUGACUGAAGAAGAAAAAUACCCAACCUGGAAAAAAACAUUGAUGCGACGAGCCAAAGAGGCUGAAAUGAAAAGAUUUUGCAAAGCCCAGUCAAUCCAGAGGCGGCUUGAAGAGAUCGAAGUGACUUUCCGAGAGCUGGAAAAGCAGGGAAUAAAACUGGAGCGAUCCCUUCGGAAUGAUGGAGGAACAGAGUCAGAAUUAAAGAAACUUUGGAUGAACCAGUUGCUUUCCCUGAUCCAAAAGAAGAACAGUCUGAUGUCUGAGGAAUCCGACCUUAUGAUUGCGGUACAAGAACUGAAGCUAGAAGAACAGCAGAGUCAGCUGGAUCAAGAACUGCGGUAUUACUACAACAUGGAAGAGUCAUUGAAAAUCCCAGAGGACCGGCUGGCAGAAAAAAAGAUCCUCUCCCAGUUGCUGGAGGUUGUGAAUCAGCGAAGUGCCCUGAUCGAUUUCCAGGAUAAUAAACGCCUCAGUGAGCUUUGUGAGGAAAUACCAAAGUUGUAGAACAUGUAGAAAGUUUAAGGGCUACCAAGACUGAAACCUACUGACCCUGCAGGCUACAGGCCACUUUAGAAUGGGGAAGUGAGCCCAGCAGCAUCUUGCCCAGGUGUAUGCUACUCGAAGCAACACUCAAAUCCAAGCAGAGGUGGACAACCCUGUGCAGUAAAUGGAACUGUGGCACUUUCUGCCAGUGCAGACGUUGCAUUCAAUAACCACACUUCAGGUAACUUCAGGAGGGUCCCCUCUGGAAGAGGACUCAAGCGCCAGAGCUGGAGCUGCAGCAGGAGAUACCACCACCACCCCCGCCCUGCUCGUCACCACCGUGAGUUAGUGCUUGGUGACUCCUCCCAGAAGAGAAGAAGCCUAACCUUGCUCCACCUACUCACAAUAGAUACUACCGUAGUACAUUCUGGGGUAUUCUUUGAUAAUAAGGAGUACUUUAUAUUAUUUGUUUUUAAGAUUGUAUAAUGAAGCAUUUGGAGGAUGAAACAACCAGUCAUAUCCUAUGCCCUUGGAAAAGGUAGCAUGGACCUUUUGGUGCAAGUACUCAAUAUAUCUUCCAACUGUG